AUGAGCGAUAAAUCAACUGUUGGUGGCGGUGGUCCGGAGGAGCUUGAACUAAAUAAGGUCGGGUGCAAUGGGGCCCUGCCCUUCGCAAGGUCGGACUCUACCGAUAGUGUAAUGAGUGUUACAAGUACAGGCAGUAUAGGUAGUAUAUCUAGUACGACAAGUACUACUAGUACAUCAUCUCAACGGGCGAAGGUUUACUUUUGUGAAUACGAAGGAUGUGACAAGUCAUUCACAAGACCUGGCUUGCUAACAGAACACCAAAUGUCUGUACAUCAUGGUGUUAAGCCCCACAAAUGCGACUUGUGUGAUAAAGCGUUUGCCAAAAAGUCCCACUUGAACAGACAUAUGUUUUCGCACUCCGAAGAAAAGCCUUUCCAAUGUUCUGUAUGUGGUAAGGGUGUCACGACUCGUCAGCAGUUAAAGAGACACGAAAUUGUACAUACAAAAUCUUUCCACUGUCCAUAUGAUGGAUGCGAAGAAUCAUUCUACAAGCACCCCCAAUUACGGUCGCAUAUUCUAUCGAUACACGAAAAUAAACUUACUUGCCCCCAUUGUAACAAGACAUUUCAGCGGCCAUACCGUUUAAAAAACCACAUCGAUAAGCAUCACAACCCGGAAUCUGCAGGCAAAUACCAAUGUGACUUUAUCUCAUGCACUGAAGUGUUUUCAACGUGGUCUGCCUUACAACAACAUAUUAAGGAGACACAUCCUAAACUACCAUGUCCCGUUUGUAAAAAACCAUGUGUUGGUAAAACAGGUUUGAAGAAUCAUAUGAUAAUUCACAAUGAUGCUUUAGUGACCAAGAAUUGGAAAUGUACCGUAUGUUCCCAAGUCUCUUUUGCUAAAAAGAGCCAGCUAUUGCAACAUUAUGCAGAUGAUCACAAAGAAUUAGAUCCACUACUAUUACCAACGCCAUCAGAAACUGUUACUUCGUUGGCGAUUGAUACGGAAAACGUAGAGAUAGCUAAAAAGCCCAAGACAAUAGACGAUUACUAUUCCUCAAAGAAGCGUAAAGCAGAUGAAUUAGCUUCUGUUGAGUCGGAGGUUAAGAUACAGAAAUAUAUUGAAUCUGGAAAAUCGGCAAUGUCAUUACUACUAAAUACAAUAGGCCAAAGGAGAAAAUGUCCAUACACAAACUGCAAUAGAUCUUUCAAAACUAAAGAAAAGUUUGACAAGCAUAUAGAAAAGCACAAGAUUCACGAUUUGAAGAUGAAAAUAUUGGAAGAUGAAAACAAUAAGGAGAAAGAAACACAUAAUACUGAGUCAGCAGAAGCAGCUUGA